GGCGGCUCCGGGGCAGCCCAGGCCGGUGGCGGAGGCGCCGUUGCAGGCGGUGGGGCUGUGGCCGGCCCCGCGCCCCAAGGCAGCCGGUGGCAGCGCAGGACGUGUCUGAUGAGAAAUGGAAAUCUGGCUCAAAGUCAUCCUUCCUGUUGUUGACAUCACCUGAAAACUCCGAUGAAAACAUUUCCGCUACUUUACUGCAAACAUCAGCUUCCCCUGAGGUCUCAACGCCUUGCAGGAGCAGUGUACCACACUGUGGGACAGAGACUCUUUUUUGCCAUCAGCACUGGAAAAUACUGAAGCUGGCAAUCCCUGUUGUCCUCAGCCAGAGGCUGCCCUGCAAGACAUAGCUGUAAAAUGUUCAUCAGAAAAAAAGGAGUGGCAGAUGCAUAAGAGUCCAGAGGAUGGCAUAGCAGUAACAUCACUGUCCAGGGAGCUGGCGUCUUUCCUCGUCUGCCUGCAUGCUGCUCGAACCGCUCCCAAGCCUUUGUUUUUGGACUGAAGAAACCUGAAAACCUUUCUCUCCUAAUUCAUGAGCCAGCAGGAUGUGGUCGCCGUGCUUUCAGAACGCCUGCUUAUAGCCGCCUACAAAGGCCAAGUGGAGAAUGUGGUGCAGCUUAUCAACAAGGGUGCCAAGGUAGCGGUUACCAAGCGUGGCCGGACCCCACUGCAUCUUGCUGCCCACAAAGGUCACCUCCACGUUGUCCAGGUUUUGUUGAAAGCAGGCUGUGACCUGGAUAUUCAGGAUGAUGGUGAUCAGACAGCGUUGCACCGGGCUGCUGUCGUAGGGAACACCGAUGUUAUAGCAACUCUCAUUCAGGAGGGAUGUGCUUUGGACAGACAAGACAAGGAUGGGAACACUGCUCUUCAUGAAGCCUGUUGGCAUGGAUUCAGUCAGUCUGCCAAAGUGCUUGUUAAAGCAGGAGCCAACGUUCUUGCCAAGAACAAGGCAGGUAACACACCUCUGCACCUGGCUUGCCAGAACAGCCAUUCCCAGAGUACUCGUGUUUUGCUACUCGGAGGAUCUCGAGCGGACCUCAAAAAUAAUGCAGGAGAUACCUGUCUGCAUGUGGCUGCUCGUUAUAAUCACUUGCCCAUCGUUAGGGUGCUGCUCAGUGCUUUCUGUUCUGUCCAUGAAAAGAACCAGGCAGGGGAUACUGCCCUCCAUGUAGCCGCUGCUCUGAAUCACAGGAAGGUUGUUAAGCUGUUGCUGGAGGCAGGGGCUGACGCGUCCGUUGUCAACAAUGCAGGUCAGACCCCUCUAGAGGUUGCCAGACAGCACAAUAACCCUGAGGUUGCGCUGCUCCUCACUAAAGCAUCACAGGUGUCGCGCUUUAACCGCGGAAGAAGCCUGAGGAAGAAGAGAGAGAGACUGAAGGAGGAAAGGCGAGCUCAGUCAGUACCACGGGACGAGGUGGUACAGAGCAAGCAGGGCAGUGUCUCAGCUGCUGAGGACACACCGAGCAGUGACCAGCAGAGGAGGAGUGACCUGAAGGAUGAGCCCCAGUCAACUUCACCAGAUCCCAAAGGGAAGAAGAGCAAAAAGAAAAAGCCAAAGGAAAAGGUUUCGGCCCUCUCGGACCCCAUCUCCCCAGCUGAUCAGCAGACAGUCCCUCAACCCCAGCAGAACGUGCCCAAGCGCAGAAGUAAACACCACUGCUCCUCCCCACCCCCUCCCCACGAGGUCCGAGCCUACCAACUCUACACGCUCUACCGAGGGAAGGACGGGAAGGUGAUGCAGGCGCCGAUAAAUGGAUGUCGCUGUGAGCCCCUGAUAAAUAAACUGGAGAAUCAGCUGGAGGCAACGGUGGAAGAGAUAAAAGCUGAGUUUGGGACAGUACAAGAUAAGAUGAAUGUUAAGCUGGGCCAGAUGGAAACCAAAACUCAACAUCAACUCCGUGUUUUGGACAAGCUGAUGUGCGAGCGGCUGUGCGCAGAGAGAACAGAGUGCCUCCAGCGCCUGCAGCAGCACGCCCAGCAGCAGAGGCACGAGGGCGACACGCGGCAGAUUUCCUUGGUUGAAGAGCUGAAGACUUGGUGCCUGUUGAAGAUUCAGAAUCUGGAGCUCAAGCUUUCUGGAGAUUCCAGGUCAUCGAGACCAAAGUCAACUUUGUCCACUUGUGAGUCUCUCACUGAGACCCUGGAUACAGAGAACAAUCCCCACAGUGCCAAGGACCUUAAAGCCAACCAGCCUGUGCUGCAGUCAGAGGGCUCCCACCAGCAAUCCUAUAUCACCCUCCCAAACAGCCUCUCAGAAGAUGGGGGAAGGAGCAGAGCCCACGUGCCAGAGCAGAGCUUUGGGACACGCUUCUGCAUUCAACAAGACGGUGCGUCGGCUACAACCUUGUCAGGUGCAGAGCAACAGUUGAUCAUUGGUGGACCAGUCUCAUCUGCCCCCGCUCAAGAUGUCAGGCCAAAGGACAAAGCAGUUGGUGCCAGCACCUUCCACAGGUUCCAGCAGGAGCUGCCCUCCUCUGACCUGGGCUCCAAGUUAAGACAUGUGAAGGUUCAAACUGCUUUGCAGCCUUUGACUGAAGCUGCAAAGACUGAAGCCCAGGGUGGCUACUUCAUCGACAAAGGAACUCAGACAAAGAAGUGGAGCAAAAGCGGGGCCCAGUCGAGGCACAAAGCUCUGCCCCAGGCUGGGGCACAUCCGAGCCAGGAGCAGCCCCAGGCCCUGCCCACGGGACAGGCACCAGCCCCUGUGCUCAGAGACACCUCCCAGGCCCUGGAGAUCACACAGUACUUCUUUGAGGCAGUUUCCACGCAGAUGGAGAAGUGGUACGAGCGGAAGAUCGAAGAAGCCCGGUGCCAGGCUAAUCAGAAAGCACAGCAAGACAAAGCUGCCCUCAAGGAACAUAUUAAAAGCUUAGAAGAGGAGCUCAGCAAAUUAAGGACUAAGGUGCAGAAAGAGAGCUAGCAUCUACUGAGCAGGUAAAGACAAGCAGUGGGACUCAUUUUGGAACCUGCUGUAUGGAUUAUUGCUAGAGAGAGUCGUAGUGCCUGUUCCUUCCAAGCAAUGUGCUCUUCUUCAGGAGCACAAACAACUUGGGAAACUCCAGAAGUGAGGAGAAUUAAUUCAUAUGCAAGGCUGUACUGGUGACAAUGAGAUGCUGCAGAUCAGAUCCUUCCUUUGUUAUUCCCAAGAGCCCAUUCAAUAUUGCACUCUCACUCUCCAGGUGCUGCUUGAGAACAAACUGCAUUAGAAACCAAAACAGGUCACGUUUGGCCAGAGGGUUCCACUGUAUGCUACAAGUGGUGAUACCAAUACUGAAAUGAAUCCAGGAUGUCUGAGAGCUUUUGCCAGGAAUCCCUUAGUGCUGAAGGGCUAUGGAUACCAUUGUAGAUCCUCCCACAGCCUCCCUCUCGUUAGUGGAAAGAAGCUGCAGAACCAGCUCCAGUUACCAGCCCAGCUAGGGGACAGACAUGGUUCAGGGAGUGAGAAGCAAAGAUCAGGCAGCCCAUUUUUGGUAGAGAGGCUUCUCUUGGCACUUGGCUUCUCUUUUGGUUUUACAUCAUUUGUAACAAAUGCUAAAUUUGGUUUGUCUUUCUUUUCCUGGUGUCCUGGUUGCUGAGUUCCUCGUGGCUCUGCAGUUGCUGAGGCCGGGCUGUACUCCAGUAAUUUGACUGAGAGGGUUUGUUUAGGGCAUGGAUGACAGUAUUUUACCACAACCAUUCACUACUUGUUAGGUAUCAUCAUUAUAUAAAUCUCUUAUCCUUCAGAGGAUUAAUUCUUUGCUACUGAAGCAGCUUGAAAAAGCCCUGUAGCUGAAGAAGUGAAAGCUUGGUUCCCUGUACUCAAAUGCUUCUUUUUCUGCAGAGUCAGGGUUUCUGCCUAGACACCUCGUCCAGACUCUUUUCCUUUGCUCCUCCCAAUAAUUCCUCUCUGCUUUUACCCCUUGUAUUUCUAACAAGAGAGGCUGGGCCCUAAGGAAGCUGCAGGUUUCAUCACUGGUUUCCCCAACGGUCCCAUGAAACAGAACUCAACAACAUUUUAGAGUUUUUAGGGACGUGUUUUGUUAUAAAAUCCAAACUUACACUGACCCAUAGUGUCCAGGCUGGCACACACUCCCAAUAAACUAGGGGCAGGGUAACUCCUUGCACCUGUGUGUGCCUGUGGUGGUUUAGCCCUGGCUGGGUGCCAGGUGCCCACAAGUCAUUCUGUCACUUCCCCUCCUAAACUGGACAGAAGAGAGAGAAAGACAGUGAGAGGUUUGUGAGUCAGGGACAGGGAGAUCACUCAGCAAUUAGUGGCAUGUGCAAAACAGACUCAGCGUGGGGAGAAAUGGUUUGAUUUGUUAAUGAACCAUCAGAACAGAGAGAUGAGAAAUAAAACCAAAUCUUAAAACACCUCCCCCCACCCCUCCCUCUUCCCAGGACUCCCUUUCCUUUCCCCCAGCAGCGCAGGGGAUGGGGGUUGUGGUCAGUUCAUUACAGAUGGACUUUGCUGCUGCUGCUUCUCAGGGUGAGGCCUCCUCACACUUCCCACUGCUACACUGUGGGGUCCCUCUCAUGGGAGACAGUCCCUCACCAACUUCUCCAGCGUGGCUCCUUCCCAUGGGCUGCAGCUCCUCAUGAACUGCUCCAGCCUGGGGCCUGCCACAGGCUGUGAGUGGGUCUGUGCUCCUUCAUGGCCUCCAUGGGCUGCAGGGACACAGCUGCCUCACCAUGGUCCUCACCACAGGGCACAGGGGAGUCUUUCUUCCAGGGCCUAAGCUCCCUCCUCCCCCUCCUUCUCCACUGACCUUGGUGUUCUCACAUUCUCCCUCCCUGUUGCUGCUGCAGUUUAGCAACUGCCCAGCAACUUCUUCCCCUUCUCCAAUACGUUAAUCACAGAGGUGUUACCUCUGUCACUAACUGGCCAGGCCUGGGUCAGCUGUGGAUCCAUCUUAGAACUAACUGGCAUUAGGCCUGUCAGCUACAGGGGAAGCUUCUGGCAGCUCUUUGUUUAAAGAAGCCACCCCUGUAGCUCCCCACUACCAAAAACCUGGCCCAGGCAAAACCACCACAGUGCCCCUUUAGGUUUUCCACCUCAAACCUCUGAGAAGGCUCCAGCAGACUGUGCUAGACAAGUGUUUACUUCACAGAUCACAACAGACCAACUGUUCAAAUUCAAACACAGGACAGUACUGUUACACCAAGGGGAAAGAAGAGGGUUUUUUGUGUCCAGAGAAGCUCUAAAAUCAAUACAAAGUACUUUACAGUAUUGAAGACACCACUGACCAACUAGUAGUUAAGCUUUUGUCUUCUUGGCAGAUGUAUAAAGCAAAGGGAACUGUAUUGUAUGACAGUAUUUUUCCAAGUCCCUAUUAAUGCACUACUGAGAGAAGUGUACCUGCAGUUAUGGACAUACUAGUUUGAUUGCUCUGACUUCUGUAGUCAAAUAUAGACACUCCCAUGCAUUUACAGCUUUGUUUAAGCUACUGUAGGAAUGCAGAGGCAUGCUAUUGAAGUUUUGUUAUCACCUUGGUGAAGUGUUUUGCGAAGCAAUUAAAGUAAGUGUUGCUCUGAAGUCUUCGUUGCUCUAGAGGGCUGUGGUGGGAUGUUCUCUAGCCAGACAAAACCAGACAGACACAACUCCCUUGACAGAGAAAGGGGGGAGCUGAAAAAUGACUUCAACUUCUAAAUGUUUUGUGUUUGUGGCUAUAAACCAUGGGAGGCUGGGGAGGUUUCUACAGGGACUGAAGUGGGCUGAAGUGCUUGCAGGAGGUGCUCACCCAGACCCGCUCCAGCCCUGCCCUAAGGGGAAGGCAAAGGCUGUGGCUCCAGCCCCUCUGCUUCACAGGGAGCCAGCACAGCAGGUGUUUUAAGACAGUAACUUGGCUGCAGAGUUCUGGGGUGAGAGGUUUUCUGAAGCUAACAAGUCUUCUGUAAAAUAAAGGGAGGCAUUUCCUGCUA